GGUGCGGUCACAGGGCAGUGGCAGAGUGGGCGUUGAAUCCGUCUUCCCCCUACUUAUCUCAAAUCCUGACUUCACAUUCUGAAUCACUACACAAGUUGAGUCCACUCAGUUCGUGAAAUUUACCCGGGGGAACCAUGACGGAAAGCUCCUCGACGAAGCUGCUGAACGGAGACGCCUGCCGCCGGACGUUAAACGGAAAAAACGCGAGUAAAAAUGGCUACGUGAAGAACCACUGUCUGUUUCAGCAGUCACAGAAGUACAGUCGCUCCGGGGAGAAGAAGCAAAAUGCGACCCAUAAUCCCAGUUUGUACAAGAAGCCCUUCAUGGAGUAUUUCGAGGAGACGCCUCUGCUGGUGGCUGUGCUCACCUACAUGGGCUACGGCAUCCUCACCGUCUUCGGCUACCUCAGAGACUUCCUCCGCCACUGGAACAUCGAGAAGUGCCACGUGGCUCGAGAGAGAGACGAGCAGAAGGAUUUCGUCCCUCUCUAUCAGGACUUUGAAAACUUCUACACCAGGAACCUGUACAUGCGGAUCCGGGACAACUGGAACCGGCCCAUCUGCAGCGUCCCCGGAGCCAAGAUGGACCUCGUAGAGAGAGUUACCCACAACUACAACUGGACGUUUGAGCAUACCGGCAAGGUGGUGAAGGACGUCAUCAACAUGGGCUCAUACAACUACCUCGGCUUUGCUGAGAACACUGGCCCUUGUGCCGAUGCUGCUAUCGAAGUCACACAGAAGUAUGGAGCCGGCGUGGGAAGCACUCGCUGUGAGAUGGGCAACCUGGACAUCCACGAGGAGUUGGAAGAGUUGGUGGCCAGGUUUCUGGGUGUCGAGUCGUCCAUGGCGUUCGGGAUGGGCUUUGCUACCAACUCCAUGAACAUUCCUGCUCUUACUGGGAAGGGUUGUCUCAUCCUGAGCGACGAGCUGAACCACGCUUCGUUGGUCCUGGGCGCUCGGCUGUCUGGCUCCACCAUCCGAGUCUUCAAGCACAACAACAUGCAAAGCCUGGAGAAGCUGCUAAGAGAUGCUAUUGUUCACGGACAGCCCAGAACCCACAGACCCUGGAAGAAAAUCCUGAUUGUGGUGGAGGGCAUUUACAGCAUGGAGGGGUCCAUCGUCCGCCUGCCUGAGGUCGUCGCCCUGAAGAAGCGCUACAAGGCGUACCUGUACCUGGACGAGGCCCACAGCAUCGGCGCCCUCGGCCCAAACGGCAGAGGAGUGGUGGACUACUUCGGCCUGGACCCCAGGGACGUCGACAUCAUGAUGGGAACGUUCACAAAGAGCUUCGGGGCUGCUGGUGGAUACAUUGGAGGCAAAAAGGAGCUGAUCGACUACCUGCGCAGCCACUCUCACAGUGCUGUGUACGCCACCUCCAUGGCGCCUCCUGUGGCCCAGCAGAUAAUCACCUCUAUGAAGACCAUUAUGGGAGAGGAUGGAACAACUCUGGGCGCUGAUCGCCUCAGGCAGCUCUCAGAGAACACCAACUACUUCCGCAGAAGACUCCGCGAAAUGGGCUUCAUCAUCUACGGCAACGACGACUCGCCCGUCGUGCCGCUGAUGCUCUACAUGCCGGCCAAAAUCGGGGCUUUCGGCCGAGAGAUGCUGAAGAGGAACAUCGGCACCGUGGUCGUCGGCUUCCCGGCCACGCCGAUCAUCGAGUCGAGAGCGCGCUUCUGCGUUUCAGCCGCUCACACCAGAGAAAUGCUCGAUACCGCUCUGGAGGCCAUUAGUGAAGUGGGCGACCUGCUGCAGCUGAAGUACUCCAGACGGGAAAAACCUCUUCCCUCUCUGGGAUGGAUGUCUGAAGAGAGCCUCCUUCAGGACUGAACCAGCUCCGUCUUUUUAUUUCCUCCUUUCUAACCUCUCUGCACAACACACAUCCCGUUAGAUUAAUUUAUCUGAUAACAAACACUUGGAGCCAGUCUCACACACUCAGCCGCUCCGCAUCGCAUCUGCGAGAAGCGAACCUGUGACCUGCGACGUGUUCGCACGUCUCGUCGCGACGUGUUUCCGGAGCAUCGCUCGCUUCCUCUCACGUCAUGUCUUAAAUCUUGCGCUCACAGUGAAUAUAUAUAUAUAUAUAUAAACGUUUUAUUUGUGCAAUAAAAAAAGAGAAAAGAUUUCAAGAAGCCUAAAACAAUGUAGGGGGAGCUCCGUUGUGGAGAAGAGAUCUGAUCCUAGCCUUUUUGUACAAGACUAACCUGAUGCGUGUAAAUAUUAUUUAUCGCAAAAGCAAAGGCACAUUAUCUAACACACACACACUCACACACACACGGUUCUCGGUGUGUAUUGAUCCAAUCGCUUCUACUUGAAUCUGCUUACAGAAUAUUGGAUUUUCUUUCUUUUGUUUGUUUUGUUUGUUCUCCCCAACCAAAGGUUGUUGCAUAUGUAUAGAUAUAUUUUCUACAUUUCUCUUGAAAUGUGAAGCAGAUGUUUCCAAAAGAAAAACAUGUAACUGUAGGGGGAAAAAAAAAAAAA